AUGGCGAUCGCAAGGCAAGUGCUUUGUCUCUCUGCUUUCCUCUCCCUGCCGCACGCUCGCUCCGAGCCCAUCCGCUACUCCGUAGCCGAGGAGGCGGAGAGCGGCUCCGUGGUAGCCAACGUGGCGGAGGACGCGGGGCUGGCCCCGGCGCAGCUCGCGGCUCGCCGCGCCCGCCUGGCCUCGGACGACGGCCGGCAGCACUUUCGCUUAGACCGCGGCACCGGCCGCCUCGUAGUGGCGGACAGGCUGGACCGGGAGGAGCUGUGCGGGCAGUCCGCUACCUGCACGCUCCCCUUCGAGCUCCUGCUGGCGAACCCCCUGCAGUUCUUUCGGGUCGAGGUGGCGGUGCAGGACGUCAACGACCAUUCGCCCGUUUUCCCGGAGGAACGAGUCACUUUUAAGAUCCCGGAAACGAGCAACCCGGGCUCGCGUUUCCCGCUGGAGGGGGCUCGGGACCUGGAUGUUGGCAGCAACAGCAUCCAGGCUUACAGCAUCUCUCCCGACAACGAGUACUUUAGUUACUUUAGUGUCUCUUUUGGCAGUCAGAGUGAGGACGACAAAUAUGUGGAACUGGUCUUGGAAAUGCCUCUAGACAGAGAGGAGCAGGCGGAGGUGGGUUUCAGUCUCAUCGCCGUGGACGGGGGCUCUCCGCCCAGGAGUGGGACCACCCAAAUCCACAUUGUCGUUCUAGAUGUAAAUGACAAUGCUCCCAUCUUCACGGAGGAGCUGUACCUUGCUCAGGUUUUGGAAAAUGCACCGGAGGGCUCUGUGGUCAUCAGCGUGGUGGCAACCGAUCGGGACGUGGGAAUCAACGGGGACAUCACCUAUCAGUUCAGCCAAGCAGUGGGCCAGAGCCACUUGGCAUUCGCAAUUGACCCCAGGAGCGGUGAAAUUAAAGUCACAAAGCCUCUGGACUUUGAGGCAGCACAGAAUCACGAGCUCAGCGUGCGGGCCACAGAUGGCGGGGGCCUCUCGUCAAUCUGCAAGGUGUUGGUGGAGGUGGUGGAUGUGAAUGACAAUGCACCAGAGCUGGUGGUCAAUUCCUUCAGCAGCCCCCUCCCCGAGAACGCAUUACCCGGGACAGUGGUCGCCCUCUUUACUGUCAGGGACCGAGAUGCUGGCGCCAACGGGAAGAUCACCUGUGCCCUUGAAGACCAGCUGUCGUUCUCCCUGCGGCCGGCCUAUAAGAAUUACUACGAGCUGGUGACCGUGAGCACUCUGGACAGGGAGGAGACAGCACGGUACAUCCUCACUGUCACAGCAGCAGACGUGGGGUCACCUCCUCUCACGACCACCCAGACCUUCACGGUGGACAUCUCCGAUGUCAACGACAAUGCACCUGUCUUCAACCAGACGUCGUACACCAUGCAUGUGCGUGAGAACAAUGCCCCCACAGUGCUCGUCGGAGCCGUCAGUGCCGCGGAUGCCGACGUGGGGCCCAAUGCCAAGGUGACCUAUUCCCUGGCACCAGCCCACCCCGCAGAGCAGCCUCCCUGCUCCUGCAUCUCUGUGAACUCUGAGAACGGGCAGGUGUUUGUGCUGCGGCCUCUGGACUAUGAGCAGGUGAAGCAGAUGGAGGUCUUGGUGAGCGCCUCCGAUGCGGGGUCUCCUCGCCUUAGUGCCAACGUCACCGUCCGCCUUGUCGUGGUGGAUGAGAAUGACAAUGCGCCGCUGGUGCUGUACCCCUCGCAAGACAGCAGCCCACCAUCCAGCGAGCUGGUGCCCAUGUCGGCUGAGGCAGGGUACCUCAUCACCAAAGUGGUGGCCGUGGAUGCCGACUCGGGGCAGAACUCGUGGCUCUCAUACCACCUGCUGAGGGCCACCGACCCCGGGCUCUUUGUGGUGGGUGCCCAGAGUGGGGAGGUGCGGCUGAGGAGGUCCGUGACGGAGAGAGACACCGUGAAGCAGAAGCUUGUUGUCCUGGUGCGAGACAAUGGGCAGCCACCGCUGUCGGCCACCGCGGCGCUGAGCGCACUCCUGCUCAGUGACUUCUCAGACAUGCGCCUACCGCACAGCAGCCUGGCCACAGAGGACAACAGCGGCUCCCUGACAACCUAUUUAAUCAUUUCAUUGGUCUGUGUCUCACUCCUCUUCCUCACGUCCACGGCAGCCUUCGUUGCUCGCAAGAUGUGCAAGAGAAAGGAGCUGAAGGGUGGGCGUGUGGUUCACGGCGCUGGCAACUUGCAGAGCGGCCUGGCUGACGCUGCUACUGCAGGGACCCUGUCCCACGCCUAUUGCUACGAGAUCAACCUCACGACAGGCUCGGGCAACAGCGAGUUCAAGUUCCUGAAGCCCAUCCUCCCCAGCCUGCCACCACAGCACUGUGGCACGAGUGGGAGCACUGACGGCGAACGAGAUUUCCCCCGUGGCCCUAUCACCACGGAGGACAUGGCACCAAACAACGCCGGGAUGCUCUCUGCAGAAGAGUUCAAUAGUCUUUCCUUUAACUAG